UGGCCAAUGGUAAAGGAUUGUCCUUGGCACUCGUAGUUGUCAAUGUUUGAUUGCUGGUGACCGGCCUAGCCUUUCCGGCCAUUACAACUUCUCAUGUAACAAUCUAUGGAAGUCGAGGAAUUUUACUGUCGGAAAGUCCGGUCACCUCAAUCGCAUCUCGUUUCAAGUGUCUCUGAUUACAACCUGUGGUUAUGGUGAAUUAUCCAAUAGUCGCGGUGGGAAUUAUCAGCUGGUGGACUGUCUCGUGGUGUUGGAUUUGCUAAUUAAUCAGUGGAAUAGUGGUUAGCACUUGACCCCAUUGGAUUCACAAUUUAAUAGGACAAGUGGCCAACGAAAUGGAGGAUCACGAGAUGGACGAGUUCUGUGGCUCAACUUUUUGGGAUUAUAAUCAGUCAUGGAACACGACAGAUCCAGAUUUGAGCUCGUGUUUUCAAAAUACAGUGCUAGUUUGGACUCCCUGUGCAUUCCUCUGGACAUUUUCGUUCUUGGAAGCAUAUUAUUUGAUAAACAGUAAACGAAGAGAUAUACCAUAUUCAUCGAAAUUCAUCGCCAAAGGUCUACUUACAGCUGUACUUAUUGUAUUUAGUAUUAUGGAUUUGGGAUUGGCUAUCCACAGGAACAGUUCCAAAACAGUUGAUUAUUAUACACCAAUCAUUAAGUUUGCCACAUUUUCAUUGGCGGCAACUCUGUUGCAUUACAACAGAAAAAUGGGAAUGAGAACAUCGGGUUUGCUGUUCCUGUUCUGGUCAUUCCUCGCAUUGUGCGGCAUUGUACAGUUUCGACGCAUUCUGAGGAAUUGGGAUCAAGAAGACAGUUAUGCGAGGAUAUCCUAUGUGAUAUAUUAUCCAGUGGUACUGGUGCUUUUUCUCCUUAAUUUUCUGGUUGAUGACAAACCCAAGUUCUCUGAAUAUGCUGAGGUUGAUAAACCAUGUCCGGAGCAAAGUGCCUCAUACCCUUCGAGAAUGACAUUCGCGUGGUUCGAUGCAUUGGCAUGGAGGGGCUUCAAAAAGCCCCUGGAAACAUCGGACCUGUGGUCGAUGAAUCCCGAGGAUACAGCCAUGGAGAUAGUCCCCAAGUUCGACAAGUAUUGGAAUAAAACGUUGAAAAAGUACGACAGGCUCAUGUGGGAUUAUUGUAGCAAUCAAUCAGCGAAGGCAUCGUUCCGAAAGGGCUCAGGUCAGGUGAAUUUCAACAACACUCGCAGGAAAAAAGGUGCCUCAAUUUUGAUCCCUCUCUGUCGAGCCUUCGGCCCUACCUUCAUAUUCGGAGCAUUCCUCAAGCUCUCGCAGGACAUAAUGAUCUUCAUCGGGCCCAAGGUCCUGGAGCUCCUCAUAGAAUUCAUAAAGGGCAACGAGCCCAACUGGAAGGGUUACUUCUAUUCAGCCCUGUUGUUCCUCACAGCUGUUCUCCAAACCUUAGUCCUCUCCCAGUACUUCAACCGAAUGUUCAUCGUUGGCUUGAGAAUUCGCACAGCGUUGAUAGCCGCGAUCUACCGAAAAGCCCUGAGAAUGUCCAACUCCGCCAGAAAGGAGUCAACUGUCGGUGAAAUAGUGAAUCUGAUGUCAGUUGACGCCCAAAGAUUCAUGGACCUGAUAGCCUACAUCAACAUGAUCUGGUCGGCUCCAUUGCAAAUAGCCCUGGCCUUGUACUUCCUCUGGGGAAUUUUGGGCCCAUCAGUUCUGGCUGGUCUGGCUGUCAUGAUAAUUCUAAUUCCUGUGAAUGCCCUCAUCGCCUCGAAAGUAAAAACCCUUCAAAUAAGACAGAUGAAGAACAAAGACGAGAGAGUGAAACUCAUGAACGAAGUACUUAAUGGAAUUAAAGUACUUAAACUGUACGCCUGGGAGCCCUCCUUCGAGCAGCAGAUCCUCAACAUCAGGAACAAGGAGAUCAAGGUGUUGAAAGAGGCUGCCUACCUCAAUGCUGGCACAAGUUUCAUCUGGUCGUGUGCACCGUUUCUGGUGUCUCUAGUGUCAUUCGCCACGUACGUUUACAUCGACGAGAACAAUGUUCUCAACAGCAGCAAAGCCUUCGUGUCUCUCAGUCUCUUCAAUAUACUCAGGUUUCCACUGUCGAUGCUCCCCAUGAUGAUCAGCAAUGUCGUUCAGGCAUCCGUAUCCGUCAAGCGCAUCAACAUAUUCAUGAAUAACGAAGAACUGGAUCCCGAUAAUGUUCAGCAUGAUCAGGCUGAGAUCGAUCCUCUCAUCAUCGAGAAUGGAAGCUUCACUUGGGACUCAGCAGAUUCAGUUGAGAAGCCCACUCUCAGGAACAUUAAUGUCUCUGUCAAGCAUGGACAAUUGGUUGCCAUUGUAGGUACCGUUGGCUCGGGGAAGAGCUCUCUCGUGUCUGCAUUCUUUGGAGAGAUGUACAGACUCAGUGGAAGGGUCAAUACCAGGGGAUCCAUUGCUUACGUGUCACAACAGGCCUGGAUUCAGAAUGCAACGAUGCAGGAUAAUAUUCUUUUUGGAAGGGCUUUUGAUAAGACACUCUACAACAAGGUGAUCGAGGCUUGUGCACUUGUUCUCGAUAUCGAAAUGCUUCCGGCUGGAGAUCAGACGGAGAUUGGGGAAAAGGGGAUCAAUUUGUCUGGAGGACAGAAGCAAAGGGUCGCCCUGGCUAGGGCUGUCUACAGUGAUAGUGAUGUGUACUUCUUGGACGAUCCUCUCAGUGCUGUUGAUUCACACGUCGGGAAGCAUAUAUUUGAGAAUGUUAUUGGACCCAACGGAAUGCUUAAGAAGAAGACCAGGGUCCUGGUUACUCAUGGAAUCACGUACUUACCGGAGGUUGAUAAUAUUGUGGUACUUAAGGACGGGGAGAUCACGGAGAGCGGGACAUACAAGCAGUUGAUGGAGAAGAGGGGCGCUUUUGCUGAUUUUUUGAUACAACAUUUGCAAGAAGUGAGGGCACAAGACGACGAAGAGACAGACUUGACAGAGAUUAAACAACAAUUGGAAUCGACUAUUGGCACAGAAGAGUUCAAACAAAAAUUAACGAGAUCACGUUCGAAAACAUCGAUGACUCCCAGUGAUUCUGGUUCGGCCGACCAAAGAUCCUUGAGUGGUGGAUCGCUACGCAGACAACAAUCGACUGAGAGCCAGAGAUCUGGAUCUCUCGCCAAGAUCACGAGUUUCAAGGAGAAUAAGCCCAUUGAAGGAAAGGUCGGUGAGAAGAUCAUUGAAACGGAGAAAACGGAAACUGGAAGUGUAAAAUUACGUGUGUACGCCCACUACCUGAAAUCCAUCGGUUGGUUUUUAUCGAUAUCCACGAUAAUAAUGAACGCCGUCUUCCAAUCAUUCAGCAUUGGCUCCAAUAUAUGGAUCAGCAAAUGGUCUGACGACGAUUCGAUAGUGGUAGAUGGCGUCCAGGAUACAUCAAAACGCGAUAUGUACGUCGGUGUCUACGGUGCACUAGGUCUUGGUCAAGCGGUGACGAGUUUUUUCUGCGAUUUGGCACCACAGUUGGGCUGCUGGCUGGCCGCGCGCCAGAUGCACUUGGUCAUGCUUAGCGGGGUGAUGCGUGCAUCAUUGACCUUCUUUGAUACAACACCCACAGGUCGAAUAAUCUCCAGAUUCGCUAAAGACGUCGACGUGCUGGAUACAUCACUCCCCCAACAAAUUUCUGAUAGCAUCUAUUGUUUCUUUGAGGUAAUUGCUACACUCGUAGUCAUAAGCAUCAGUACACCUGCCUUUAUAUCGAUUAUAAUACCUAUUGGAGUUAUCUACUAUUUUAUACAACGAUUUUACGUUGCAACGUCGAGACAAUUGAAACGACUGGAGUCCGUCUCGAGAUCACCAAUUUAUUCACACUUUGGUGAAUCUGUUACGGGUGCACCAACAAUCAGAGCUUAUGGAGUUCAAGACAGAUUCAUUCGCGAAUCGGAAAACAGAGUUGACUUCAAUCAAGUCUGCUAUUACCCAAGCAUCAUUGCGAAUAGAUGGUUGGCCGUACGCUUGGAAAUGAUCGGCAACCUGAUCAUCUUAUUCUCCGCUCUGUUCGCUGUACUCGGACGAGACACCCUGAGCGCUGGUCUCGUAGGUCUCUCGGUGAGUUACGCCUUGCAAAUCACUCAAACCCUCAAUUGGCUGGUCAGAAUGACCUCAGACGUAGAGACCAACAUCGUCGCUGUAGAGAGGAUAAAGGAGUACGGUGAGACACCUCAGGAGGCACCCUGGGAAAUAUCAGAUAAAACUCCCCCCAGAGAGUGGCCCUCAGAGGGUCGAGUGGAAUUCAGGGACUUUAAGGUUCGUUACCGGGAAGGACUCGAUCUUGUCCUGAAAGGAAUAUCCUUCACUGUCGAGGGCGGAGAGAAAAUUGGAAUCGUUGGAAGAACUGGCGCUGGUAAAUCCUCACUUACACUGGCACUCUUCAGGAUAAUCGAAGCUGCUGAGGGAAAGAUCAUCAUCGAUGACAUUGAUAUUGCCACUUUGGGACUCCACUCGUUGAGAUCGAGACUCACCAUCAUACCUCAGGAUCCUGUUCUCUUCUCGGGGAGUCUCAGGCUUAAUCUCGAUCCCUUUGAUCGACACGGCGAUGAGGAGGUCUGGAGGGCCUUGGAGCACGCCCAUCUCAAGACUUUCGUACAAAGUUUACCGAAUGGCCUAUCCCAUGUAGUAUCAGAAGGUGGUGACAAUUUAAGCGUAGGUCAGAGACAAUUGAUAUGCUUAGCCAGGGCACUUCUUAGGAAAACAAAAAUUCUUAUAUUGGAUGAAGCCACUGCCGCUGUUGAUCUAGAAACUGAUGAUCUCAUUCAACGAACAAUUAGGGAAGAAUUCAAAGAAAGUACUGUGCUCACUAUUGCACAUAGACUAAACACAAUCCUCGAUUCUGACAGGGUUAUUGUCCUAGAUAAAGGAUACAUGGUCGAAUUUGAAUCACCCCAUUCACUCCUUCAAAAAACCACCAGUGCAUUCUACAGUAUGGCCAAGGAUGCUGGACUAGUGGCAUAAAAAAAAGUUUCAACUUCAAGUGAAAUGAAUUCAUCUCUUCAUCUUGUUUCUGUCACUUUCAAGACGAACAUUUGCAUUUCAUUUCUGUGAGCUUUUUUAAACUUAACAUCAACGGAUUUAUCGUAUUCGUCUUCGCGAAAAAUAUCCUGAAUCGGAAGAGAGAAAAAUAAAACUAGGAUAGAGUAGGGUGAAGUGGAAAUGGAAUAAUUAAUGACUCGGAAACCACAGAGUUAAAUUCAAUGAUUUUUUAUGCCUCCAAAACUUAACAAGAGAGAGAGAAAAUGAAGAAAAAAUCGGUGAAUUUCACUCUACCGAUCUCACAACGAACGCGAAAAAUCCAUGAAAUUAGUUUUUUAUUUUUAUGCAAGGGCGAACAUAAACUGUAUUUUCAAUUAUUCAAUUGAAUUACUUAAAAUACUGCCAGUAUACUAUAAAAGAUUUAUUGUUUGAUAGCACUGACUCCUUAUUGGAUGUCAGUCUUAUCAAUAAUCAUGGUGCGAGAGCCGCAAAGCCAAGGGUUUAUUACGUUUCAAAUAUUUCAUAUUUUUUUACCAACUAAAUUCACUCGUUGACUAGUUUUGAUUUUAGUCUUUCUAUUCUAAUUAUUAAUUGUUCUCAUAGUUCGGUCAAUUCGCGAGAUCAUUGCAACAUCAUGAUAAUAAUUUAUCCACAAUAUAAUCGCAAAUUAUUAUUCUCUUAUUUAUUAUAUUUUCAUUUGAAUUAUUUAAAACGAAGUGACGUGCUGUUUUGUCAAUAAUUACUCGAGUGUUACCAUGUGUUUAGUGUUUUGUGUGUCAACUCCAGGGGCUUGUCAUCAAAAUCAUUGUGAGUUGAGAUAUUAUUUAAUGAAACUGUCGCCUUCGAGACGAACGAGAAUAAUUUCAUAGAAAAUUUUAUUGAAUUUUUAUUAGCAACUAACUUUUCUUUAGUUCUGUAACAAAAUUCUGCACCUUUUUAAUUUUUUUGUAGAACAGGUACAAGAGAAAAUAUUUUACAGAAAAAAUCAGUAUAAAUUCUUCUACGAAUCUUGAGAAAUAUUGGCCACCAGUGAAGAUAAUUCACUCGUUUUACCACCUGAUUUUCAUUGAUUAUUUUUGUAGAAAAUUUUCCACUGAACAUUUACAUUACAGAAUGAAAAGCCCGAAACGGAGUAGAACUCCAACAGAUCUUCCUCGCGAGUCCAAAAAAUUUUCUACGAAAUUUUUUCGCACGUAAAUUGUCAACUGUGUCAAUGAUAACUUAAACCUCAAUUAUAGAAAAUUGAUAAUCGAUGUUAUUGAACAAUCAAAAGAGUGACACAUCACCAGCUAUCCCAAUGCUGUUGAUAAUUUAAUUACGAAUUAUGGCACUGAAUUAUCGUAUUAAUGAGCAGCAUCGCUGAAAGGCAGCACUCACCACUGAUUAAAAAAGUUAGAGCUACUUGUUUUGUGGAUAAUUAUAGAUUAUGUUAUGGAUAAUUGUAGGUGUAGAUACACGACAGUACAAUCACCCUAGUUUAGACACAGUUGCCACAGAAUGAAGGGUACUUGUUGAUUGUUUGAUGUGUUUGUAAUUAUUUCUCUGUUAACUGCAAUUUAUGUUGUAUAAACAAUACCCCACCCUCAAAGGGGUUACAGGUGUGAAAAAAUUCUGAAGACGAUGAAAGAGCACUUGCUGAGGAAUUCCUUCCAAUUUUCCCUUAAUCCUGAAUAGUAAAAUCUUAUGAAAUGAAUCUGGAGAGAUCAUUUGUACUUAAAAAAAAAUUGGUGGAAUUUUUGCUUCUGAAUAUUUUCACAUUUGAAAAUAUAAACUGGCAUUGUGACUAUAAUUUUUUGUGUAUAAACAAUAGUUGAAAAUGAUGACAAGUGUGAAAAAAUUCUAGAGACGAUUCAAGAGCUGUUAAUGAGGAAUUUCUUUCAAUUUUCCCUCAAUUUGGAAUAGUAAAAUUUGAUGAAAUGGAUCAGGAAAGAAUUAUUUGUAUUUUCUUAAGUAAAAAAAUAAGGAAUAAAUUUUGUCUUCAGAAUUUUUUCAUACUCGAAAAAAGUCAAGAAUAUCAAAUUUUUCAAUUUUUGUGAAAUUGAAGGGAGGUUGACGUUAGGAAUGAAAAUACGACAAAUGAUAAAUGAACAAUUACAUAUUUUAGAUUCAUUGUACAGAUGAUCGAUGAAAAAGUGCCUUAAUUUUAAUGCCCAUAGAUAAAAGUUAUGUAUAUAAUGUAACAGAUUCUCCUUUUUGCCUAAUCAUAUUAGAGUUUAAGUAUUACCGCGUACAUAUGCCAAUUAAUCAUAAAUUAUUGUAGUCCAUAAGAUUAUCGAAAAUAACUAGACCUAAGAAUUUAAAAAAGUUAUUCAUUUUUCUAAUUAAACUUAUUGCUCAGAUGUUUCACAGCCUCUCAAAUUAUUCUCCAUUCAUUUUCUGGAUAAUGUAUGUUCAUAUUUGUUACUGUAUGCUAGUAGAAAGACGAAAACUUGAGUAACUAUUAAAAGUAUAUUGUAAACAAUUGGAAAGGUCAAAUAUAUCUAGACAAUUAUUAUUA